AUGGCCUUUAGUUCCACUAUCCCAUGGGGGAAAAAUACCUCUGAGAACGCGUUCGGGCCCGUGAGCUAUCUAAGGCCAUUUGACUUUACUAUCACCUUCGAGCAGGCUAUAUUGUCGAUAAUUCCUUCAGCGGUCCUGCUAUUGGCCGGACCACCCCGACUACUCCAUCUGUCUCGUUGUCAACGUAAGACGCGACCCGAACAUAACUACGUUUUGAAGUUGGUUGCUGCUUCAAUUAAUUUCGUCCUUCAGCUGUCCCUCCUGGUGCUAUGGAGUGUAUCAGUUGCUUCGCGGACGUCAACUAGCAUCCCAUCGGCUGCUCUAGGCCUCGCCAAUUCUACCAUUAUAAUUGGACUGUCCUACACCGAAGACAUCAAAUCAACAAGCCCCUCUUCCAUAUUGACUGUUUAUCUGAUUUUGUCGAUUCUGUUCGAUGCGACACAGCUUCGGACGCUAUGGCUUACACAUCGAGUUGCCAUUGCAGCGGUGCAGAGUGCAAUCCUUGGGACUAAAUUCGCCAUGCUCUUAUUAGAGACUCGAGAGAAAACGUCGUACCUGAAGUCCCCCUACAAAGAGUAUCCGCCCGAGGCAACCAGUGGUAUUGUCAAUCUGAGCUUUGUCUGGUGGCUGAAUCGGCUCUUUUUGACUGGGUAUGAGAAGAUCAUUGGGAGUCGGGAUCUUUUCGCUCUUGAGCCAAGCCUUCGCUCCGGUACUACAGGGGGAAAGCUGAAGAUAGCGUGGGAGAAGCAUGGCAAAGCAGAGAACAGGCUUUCUUUACCUUGGGCCUUUUUCUGCUGUUUCUGGUGGGAAUUCCUCGCCGCGGCUUUUCCUCGAGUAUGUAUGAUUGGAUUCAACUUCGCCCAACCAUUUAUGAUCACGGCGGUUUUGGCUUACAUAGAGGACCCAAUUACACCAGAGAGCUGGAGUCGUGGAUAUGGUCUCAUCGGAGCUACUUUCUUGAUUUACCUUGGGUUAGCGUUGUCUAAUGUUCACUAUAGACAUCGCUUCUCUAGAGUGAGCACGUUGUUCCGUGGAACAAUGAUCUCACUGAUCCACGACAGGACUUUGACACUUCACUACGACCUCUUUGCGGAAAGUGCAGCUCUUACUUUGAUGAGUACAGACAUUGAGGGCAUUAUCGAGCAUCUGGAAAACUUUAAUGACGUCUGGGCACGCACGAUUGAAGUGGCAAUUGGUACAUGGCUACUUGAAAGACAAGUCGGUGCGAUAUGCAUAGUUCCAUUAAUUCUGACUCUAGCAUGUCUGGGUGGCCAGAAGCUGGUGGCAAAAACAAUUGGAAAGAAUCAGCAAAAUUGGAAUAUUCAAAUCCAGAAGAGGAUCCAGAAUACCUCUUCCAUACUAGGUUCUAUCAAAGCCAUCAAGAUUUCAGGGCUCUCUGGCAAACUAUCUCAGGCCCUCCAGAGACACCGCGAACAGGAACUGUUUAUAUCUCGUGUCUUUUUCAAGGGAAUUAUGUGGCUAAACGGUCUAGCAAGUUUGCCACGGAUAUGGUCACCUGUCAUCACCUUCAUUGUAUACGCUGUACAGGCACAAAUCAAGGCCGACGACUCCCUCACUACCGUAAAGGCCUUCACUGCUCUGAGUCUUAUCACCCUCAUCACUGCACCCGCAGAAAGACUACUCGCUGUCUUGCCGCAGCUAGCGGCUGCUAUGGGUUGCUUCCAGAGAAUUCACGAAUACAUGGUAUCUGAACCGGUGAAAGAUGACCGAAUUGCGAAAGAAGUCCCUCCACACUUUACUAUAGACAAAACGGAGCCGGAUGUUGCCAUCGUCUUGGAUAGCGUUACUGUCUUACCUUCACAAAAGGCUACAUGUGUUGCCCUUAAGGAUGUGUCUUUCAAAGUCACCAGCCGCAGCCUGGUGGUUAUUAUUGGGCCUGUUGGCUCUGGUAAAACCACAUUGCUAAAGACUAUUUUAGGGGAGCUUGGUUGCCUUUCGGGUGCCGUAUCUAUUAGACUAAGCAGAGUUUCCUAUUGCAGCCAGAAUCCAUGGUUGCUCAACACGACAAUCAAAAAAAGCAUAACUGGUAUCUCGGACCACGAGGUCGACGAGAAGUGGUACCAAACUGUCAUACAUUCAUGUUGCUUGGAUGAAGACAUCCGUCGUUGGCCUGAUGGUGACCAAAGUGAGAUUGGGAGUAAGGGUCUUUCCCUUUCGGGAGGUCAAAAACAGAGAGUAGCGCUGGCUCGUUCCGUAUACAGUCGCCACGAUGUAGCCUUGCUUGACGAUGUCAUGAGCGCGUUGGAUGCGCAGACUCAAGAAAUAAUCAUUCAACGACUUUUCUCUCCUGGCGGGAUAUUUUCCCAGCUGGGCACAACUGUGAUUUUGACCACCCACAGUUGUCGACUCCUUGGAAUCGCAGAUAGUGUCGUCUCGCUCACUUCAGAUGGUCGAGUUGAACUUCAAACAACGGGCAGUGAGGCCGUUCGAAAUACAAAUUUCUGGCAGGCUAGACAACAUUCAGAUGCACGAAUCCUGGAUGACCUCAAUGACGAACCCAAUGAUCAUUCAAACACAAUGACUUCGGACUCGGACCCUAUCAGUGACGAAAAUAUGGAUCGAGCUCGGCAAAUUGGAGAUCUAUCAGUAUACCAUUACUAUGCGCGAACAUUCGGUCCGGUUCUUUGCGCCGUGUUUAUUAUUGGACAUGUUCUCUUAGCAUUCGCCGAAAACUUUCCUCAAGUGUGGUUGAGCAGAUGGACCACAGUAGGAGGCGGACAGCUUCCUCUCUAUCUAUCUGUCUAUGUGAUCUUGGCGUUGUCAGCAUCACUCCUUACGCUUUGCUGUAUAUGGGUUGUAUUCCUUAAGCUGAUGCCGAAAUCGGCUACUCGUUUGCACUGGUUACUUUUAGAUGCGACAAUGCGGGCACCGCUGUCCUUCUUCUCGGCCACUGACAAUGGUGUGACCCUGAAUCGCUUUAGUCAAGAUAUGACACUGGUAGAUUUGGCCCUUCCUGUUGCGUUGAUGUCUUCUGCUGAGGCACUUUUUGGAUGUAUGGCUACCGUUGGUCUAAUCGCCAUGGGCUCUCCUUUUAUGGCGACGACAAUACCGGUCACACUGAUCGUACUCUAUUUCUUGCAAAAGAUAUAUCUUAAGACAAGUCGCCAACUACGAUAUCUCGAUCUAGAGUCUAGAAGCCCAUUGUACUCUCAUUUUGCCGAAGUCCUUGAAGGUCUGCCAACAAUUCGGGCCUUUGGCUGGCAAGAUGCCUCAUCGAAAAUUCUAACUCAGCAUCUUGAUCACUCCCAAAAGCCGUACUAUAUGCUACUAUGUGCGCAGAGAUGGUUAAAUCUGGUUUUGGACAUUGUGGUGAUGGUAUUAGCAACCAUUGUGGUAACACUGGCCGUCGUGCUACGUAGCGGCACAGAUUCAAGCCUGCUCGGCGUCGCGUUGAACAAUAUCCUUGGGUUCAACCAAUUAUUGUCAUAUUUUAUUACAUCAUGGACUACUCUCGAGACCUCACUGGGAGCGAUAGCUCGUGUCAAAUCAUUUGUUGAGACAACGCCAUGUGAAGACCAACCGGAUACAGCCGCAGAGCUGGCUGCAUCAUGGCCCGAUAGGGGAAAUAUUGACAUACAAGGCCUCUCUCUCCGCUAUCCUGACGGAACUUUAGCAUUGGAUAACAUCUCGAUGCACAUACAUCCAGGCGAAAAGAUCGGUAUAUGCGGCCGCACUGGCAGCGGGAAAAGCUCCCUCACGCUAGCCAUGUUACGCCUCGUGGACUUCUCGCACGGCAAUGUCACAAUUGAUCAGACUGACAUUUCCAAGAUCACCCCGAGAUCAAUCAGAGAGAGGUUGAUAGCUGUACCGCAGGAUUCAUUCGCACUUUUGGGAACUAUCCGCUAUAAUGUGGACAUUAUGGGACUUUCUGGUGAUGAUGAGAUUAUAUCUGUAUUGAAGCAGAUCGGUGUUUGGGCAGCAGUUGAAAGCCGUGGGGGCCUGGACGCACUCUUUGAGGAUCAUCCACUGUCGCAAGGAGAGCAGCAACUCUUCUGCCUGGCACGAGCAAUUCUUAAAAAGAAUACCAGUAACUCUGGUUGUCGCGUGCUAAUUCUAGACGAAGCCACGAGCAGUCUUGAUGCUGAAACAGACCAGCGAGUACAGAAGGUCAUGGGAGAGGCUUUCCAUGACUGCACUGUUUUCAGUGUCGCCCAUAGACUUGAGACAAUCAUAGAUUUCGAUCGAAUCGCAGUAUUGGAUGCUGGAAAUCUUGUUGAGUUCGAUACUCCACAAAAUCUUCUUGCUAGAGAAGGUUUAUUCAAGCAGAUGUACUUUGGCAUAGAUUGUGGUAAUAACCACAUACAAAAAAAGGGGUAA